AUGGAAGACCAUGAGCAAGUCUGGACGGUCGGAUCUCUAAAACUGGAGGAGACUCUGAACAGAGUGGGCAAUACUGCAGGGAGGCUGAAGGAGCUCCUGGCACAGGAGAGGGAGUGGAGAGAGAGACUGGAGAACCAUCCUCCUCUCAGGGUCCUCCCUCCCGACAUCGAGAGACAAAGGACCGAGUUUUCCGUGAUGGAGCAGCAGUACAUUGACCUGCAGCCAGCAGUCUCAGAGACUCUAAGACAGGCCAGCAUGUUUGCUGCCGACCACUCUCUUCCGCUGAGUCCACUGAAGAAUUGUGUUCCCCUGUAUCCAGACGACCUGGCCCAGCUCCACUCGUCACUGAGCAGCACUAACGAGGAGGUGGGGCAACUUGUGAGGAACUGGUCAGACCGGCUCAGAACCCGUCAGUCCACUGCCAACAAGUUUGACCAGGACUACAAUGGCCUGAUGUCGUGGCUAAAGGCGAAGGACGAAGAGUUGCUGAGAGCUGAAGCAGUGGCUGGUGUUCCUGAUAGGGUCACUGCCCAGAUCACUGAAGUAGAGGAGCUCCAGAGGGUGGUGGGAGGUCGCCGCAGUGACCUGACAGCAGUUGGGGCUGUGAGUGACAGUCUGUGCCAGGAAGUGGUACCGGAGGACUCUCUGGCUCUGGGAGACAAGAUGGCGGGUCUCAAGGCGGCCUACGAGGCUCUGGAGAGAAACAUUGUGGCACGGAGGAGGGUCCUGGAAGACGGACUGAAGCAAGCCCGGGAGUUUGUGGAGCAGUGGGAGGCGGCCAUGGCGGGGGUGGAGGCCAAGAGCCAGGAGCUACAGGGAAUGAGUGCUGUGGGAGUCGACAUUGAGAGUGUCAAGAACCAGCUGGAGGAACACAAGAUCUCUGAGGUCCAGGCUGCUGGCAAGAGACUCAAAGAAGCCUGCUCUGCCAAGGAUGGACCAGCUGUAACACAGCAACUAGAUCAGCUGAGUGCGGCGUGGGCCAAACUCAACUCGGACACUCUGAACAGGAAACACCAGCUGGAGGACGCCCUCCUCCAGCUGGGCCAGUUUCACGAUGCUCUCGCCCAGCUCCUCUCCUGGAUCGCCGACUCCACGGGGAAAGUAUCGGAGGCUCCUCCCCCCGGCAUCAAGACUGAGGCCGUCGAGAUGCAACUCAACGAACUGAAGUCCCUGGACUCGGCCAUUGCGUCCCACGAGUCGACAGUCACCUCCCUGAACGAGGCGGCCCAGAAACUCAUGUCCUCCAACACGGCAGAGAACACAGCAGCCGAAACGGAACAAGACAUCGCCUCUCUCAAUGAGAAAUGGGAUCAUCUAAAGGCUCUAGCAGCUGAGCGAAGAUCAUCUCUGGACACUGCUCUCGAGAGGGCUCAACGUUUCCACGACAACUGGAAGAGGGAAUCUGAUUGGUUGACGGAGGCGGAGAGGCGGGCCUAUGCUGACUGGACUCCUUGUGGACUGCCUGAGACAUGCGACGAGGAGAUACGAGAACACGAGGUGUUCAUGGGAGAGGUUCAGAGCCAUGAGGAGGGGCUGGAGGCCCUGAGAGGAGAGGGGGAGGAGCUGAAGGGUCAGGGGACGCCAGAUGACCAGAAGAGAGUGGACCUGUGGGUGGAGGACCUGGCCCAGAGACUGGAUGAACUGGGAGGAGCCAUCGAUGACAGACAGGUCCAGCUCCAACAGGCCAGAGAGAAGGCAGGGGAGUUUGACAACAGCUACAGAUCCCUGGCAGCCAGACUGGAGGAGAAGGAGGCGACACUGAGGGCCCAGGAGCCCAUCCACUCUGAGGUGGAGGUAGUCAAGAGACAACUGGAGGAGAACAAGGAGUUCCUCAAGGGUGUGGCAGAGCUGGAAGGUCAGUUGGAUACUCUGGAAGGACUGGGGCUCCUGUUGGCUGGUGGCUGCAUGCCUGACGAUAAAGAGGUCAUUCUGCAGAGAACAAGUGAUAUGAGAGCGAUGUGGGAUGGGCUCAACUCUGCGGCGAUGGAGAGACAGUCGAGUCUGGAGGAGUCUCUUUUGUCCCUGGGGGAGUUUGAAGAUGCCUACAGCGAGCUGUGGGCGUGGCUAACUGACGCCCUCAGGCAGUUGGGAGAGACUGAGCCCAUCACAGGAGACCCUGACAUGGUCGCUGCUCAGCUGGCUAGACACAAGGCUCUGCAGAAGCAGCUGGGGGCGAGAAUGUCCAGUAGGAACGCAGUCACCAAGGCGGCCAAGAGUCCUCAUGAAGCAGAAGACAGGAGAAGAUCGAGCAGUCCUGAAGAAGAAGUUGCAGGACCUGGAGAGAGAGUGGGAGAAGGUCUGUCAGAUGUCUGUGGACAGACAGAGCAAACUCGAGGACGCCUACCGGGGAAUUGGCCAGUUCAGGUACCCAUCUCUUAUUUCUCCUCCCUUCUUUAUUUUUACUAUAAAGUAAAGUGUGAGAUUCUU